AGCAACGCAAGCUGAGUAUCGAUAUUUAGAAGAUAGAUUUUGCAACGGUUUGGCUCAAGUACUAGGUGGUACGAGUCAGCAGUAAUGCGUUCUGGCGCACUUGUUGUCCUUGGAUGCGCGUUGCUUGUUUCCAGCGCGUCGCCCCCAGUCAGUGUAUCUUUGCGUUCAUCUUUCAGUGCCGCAGAUCCAUUACUUGAGGCAUUAGAAACCCUGGCCCUUGCCUCUCCCGGUCACCUAUUUUCCCUCCUUAAUCAUUUUCCGCUCCCGCUGAAACCCACAACCCCAGAAGAAUCGCAUAAGGCCGUCUUAGAUCUCGCUAAAAUUUACCUUCUGCCUCCGGAGACGGCUGCUGUGAAUGUUGGGCUAGCUUUACACGUUGCAAGUCCAAAGCUUGCUGCACAGCACAUACAUGAAAGUGGAAGAGCAGGAUGCGAAGAUUGGGUAGAUUGGUAUGGAAAUAUUGCAUGCAAUGCAGAAGAACUCGAGCGUCUCGUCGAGAUUUCUGCUGCCGCCUCGGAUUCCGAGUCCCAACCAAAAAUAAAGCACCUCCAAACAGAUCAUACUCCACCUCUUCAGCCCUCACUCGAUGCCCCCAGAUGGACAGCAAUACACUACGCCGAUCCUAUGUCACCUGAAUUCAAAUCACUACACGGCGCACUACUCUCUUUCAAUCCUGACGUGGAGUACGUGCUACGAUGGGCUCGGCCUAUUAUUGCAACAGAUGAACCAUAUUUAUCCGGGUACGGCGUUGCACUGGACUUGAAGAAGAUGGAUUAUCUCGCUGUGGACGACCGGAAGCGUGCUUCUACCUCCCAGGACGGUUUCCAUGACAAGGAGGGUCAAGAAGGAAUCGAAGAAGACGUACUGAGCUGUAUAUUUGAGUCCAUGCCUUACAUUGAUAGCGAAAUGGAGGAGAAAGUUGCCGGAAACAAUCCUUUGAGUAAAGAGGAAAUUCAAGACCUCGGCGUCAAAGCAGCGUCUUUCCUGGCUCUCAUUUCUAACCCCACGUCCCUCCCGCCAAUCGUCUCUUCAUGCUUAUCGGACAAAUCGCUCACCCCGCUGAAUGUGUUGUAUGCCCUGUCUACAAAUUUUCCGCACUAUGCAGCUCCACUUGCGCGCAAAGUUAGUGUGCCGGACACAAUACGAGACGAAGUGCAAGACAACUGGGGAAAGGCAAUGAUGGGUGUGAACAUGGUAUGGGUUAAUGGAAGGGUGCUAGAGGGUGAAGUUGGGAUAUUUGGGCUUCUACGCAACUUUGCGCGAGAACGCGCUCUUAUUCGCUCCCUCGUCGAACUUGGUAUGUCGCGGGCGCAGGCCAUAGAGUUUGUCAUGCACCCGGUGCAUUCGGGUGCGUUCGACUCACCUCCGUCGAAAUUGAAAGUCAAGAGAGGCACGACGUUGGGCUCAGCCAAGCGCUUUGUCCAAGAGGUUCUGGGCACGGACACCGAGAACGAUGCUGAAGCAGAAAUUUCUAUUGAAGCACAGAAGACAUAUGAUAUCCCUCCGAAGUGGGAUGACCUCCUCGACGGCUUGGUUGACUCUUCGGAUAGGCUUGAGGGGGGUGGCGUUAUAGUAUGGUGGAAUGAUAUCGAGGACGACACGAAAUAUGCUGGCUGGGGGACAGACUUGACACAGCUCCUUCACUUGCGUCCCACUCAACUUUUUAGCCCUCACUUGCGUUUGCGGGCCAACAUCAUUAAUGUUGUCCUCGCUCUUGACUUUUCGCAGCCGCGUUUCUUUCCCCUCAUUGCAAGUCAAGUGGAUGGCAUCGUCGCCCGCGGGUUUCCUGUCAGGUGGGGAAUCGUUCCAGUUUUUGCCAACGACGGGGAUGGCCUUAAAAUGGCGAGAAUUAUUUAUUACGUUGCACAGAAAUUCAGUCGUCCAGAAGUAGCUUCAUUUUUCCGCUCUUUAUCCACUGCGCAUACGCAGCAGGAGUUCCCUGCUCUGUCCUGGAGUGCUGUCCAUGCAGCAUUCAACGCUCUUGGAGCAUCAGAUAAUUUUGCGGACAUUGGCAGCGGGAAGUUUCCCAGCGUUGAAGAAGCUGUUGAGAGCGCAAGGGGGUGGAUGAAGAGGCUUGGUGUGAGCGGCAAGGAUGGGGAAGGGUUUGUGAACGGAAGGUGGCAUGAAGUGGGGGAUAAUUUCUUACGAGACUUGCAGAACGAGGCGGUUGGGCAGUUGCAGUUACUACAGGAACUAGUCUACCUGGGAGAGCUGACCAGUGCCUCCGUACCGCUCAUAUCAACGUUCUUUUACGAUUUCCCUACAACAUUCUCGAGCCGGAAUCCGUACAUCUUCAGCAAGGCACCAUCUUCAGUGCAUGCUCAUUCGUCAAGUGCUGGGAACCUAAAAAUGUUUGAUCUUGGCGAUGUGAGAAAGCGUACGGGAUGGAACCCGCUCACAUGCGCAUGGGUGACAUCGGAUGCCGAGAGGACACCAAUGAGCAUGGCUGUCAUUGCCGAUUUGGAUUCGGCUGAGGGACAAGCACUGGUCCGGGAGGCUGUGGCAUUCGUUUCUAGAAAGGAGGCACAAUCACGCGUCACAUUCCUGCAUAACCCCGCUAUUGGCUCAGCUGGCGGUAAAGUGUCAUCCUUCUUUGCGAGUGUUGGGUCGACAAGCGACCUUGGGGAGCUCUCUCCCGAUGUGUUACGACGAGCGCUUGAUGAUUUAGAAACGCAAGACUCUGCACAACUGUUUAUUGCCGAAGGAGUACGGUUGCAAUUGGAUUCGCAAGCACACACAGCGUUUCUGACCACGAGUCGUCUUCUCGCGCGCGAGGCGGGUCUCCAGCCUGGAGAACAAGCCAUCCUUGUCAAUGGCCGACUCAUCGGUCCUAUCGGUCCUGCUUCGGAGUUCGUGUCGGAAGACUUUGCGACGCUGGAGACGUAUGAAAUGAAGAAGCGAGUCAGGCGUGUGGUGCAAGCUAUUGAGGAUGUUCUUACUGACGGUACAGAGCUUGAUACAGUCGCAUAUGCAAAUAUCAUAUCGAUGGCAUCAUCGAUAAUCUAUGCAGAUCAGCAGCCAGAUCCGAGUGAGGCUGGAUUAUUCGACAGCGCGCCGAGACCUAGAACCAGGAAUUACAGACUCUUAUCCGGCAACUACACGAAAUUUGAAUUUGGUGAUCGAGAGAACGCACUGACGCACCUUGUACUGCUCCUUGAUCCCUUGAGUGAAGGAGCACAGAAGUGGAUCGCAAUCUUGGAGAAACACGAGGAACUCUUCCCGGAGGUGUACUUUGAACUGCGCCUCAAUCCAGCCCUACAUUCCGAAAUCCCGCUCAAACGAUUUUACCGAUAUAGCGUCGAGCCUCACGUACAAUAUGAUAACAAAGGCAACGAGAUUCCGGUGCAAGUAACCUUCAAUAGGCUGUCCGUAGACCCGAUAUAUACCCUUAGCAUGGACGUUCCCCCCUCGUGGCUCGUUCGCCCACGAGAGGCGCUCUAUGACCUCGACAACAUCCAGCCAAGCACACUCCCACCUGACGGUCUUCAUGCUCUUUUCUCGCUUGACUACCUUGUCGUUGAAGGGCAUGCACGGGAAACACAGUCCAAUAGCCCCCCUCGAGGCGUACAGCUCCAACUUACCACUUCAUCAUCUACUGCCAAUCAUACUCCGUCCGUAGUCGACGACACUCAGGUGGUUGCGAAUCUUGGGUACUUGCAGUUCAAAGCGCGUCCAGGAACGUUCAAGCUUGGUAUUCGCGAGGGAGGUGGCCGUGAGGUGUAUGAAAUGGCCAGCGUGGGCAGUGAGGGGUGGAAUAGUCCCUCCGUGGAAGAUUCUGGAGAGGAGUUGACUGUGAUGAGUUUUGAAGGACUGACGCUGUACCCCAGACUCUCGCGGAAGCCGGGUAUGGAGAAGGUGGAUGUGCUGGGGGGACUACCGCAACGCUCAGGCCAUUCCCAAAUGAUAGGCGGUAUUUUGUCAAAGGUUUCAUCUUUUUUCACAUCAAAAAGUAAGAGCACGACUGAAGUCGUGGAGACGGCGGCCAAGCAAGCGGACAUCAACAUCUUCACCGUUGCUUCUGGACUGCUCUAUGAGCGUUUCGCUUCCAUCAUGAUUCUUAGUGUCCUGCGAAACACCAAAAGUACUGUGAAAUUCUGGUUCAUUGAGAAUUUCCUAUCGCCUUCUUUCUUGGAAUUCAUACCACACAUGGCCGAAGAAUACGGCUUCCAGUAUGAGCUUGUGACUUAUAAAUGGCCCUCUUGGCUCCGCGCCCAGAAGGAAAAGCAGCGCAUUAUUUGGGCAUACAAGAUUCUUUUCCUCGAUGUUCUGUUUCCCAUGGACCUCGAUAAAGUCAUCUUUGUCGACGCGGACCAAAUUGUCCGCGCGGAUUUGCAAGAACUGGUUGACCUCGACUUGCACGGUGCACCAUAUGGUUAUACGCCUAUGGGCAAUGACAACUAUGAGAUGGAAGGUUUCCGGUUUUGGAAAACUGGGUAUUGGAAAGACUUCUUGGGUGGUCUUCCAUAUCACAUCAGUGCCUUGUAUGUCGUAGAUCUUGUCCGUUUCCGCCAGAUGGCCGCGGGUGACAUCCUCCGUGGACAAUACCAGAUGCUUUCGGCUGAUCCAAAUUCGCUUGCUAACUUGGACCAAGAUCUGCCGAAUAAUAUCCAAAGAGACGUCCCAAUAUUCUCUCUUCAUGAAGACUGGCUUUGGUGUGAAACCUGGUGCAGCGCAGAUCGUCUCCAUCGUGCCAAAACCAUCGACUUGUGCCAGAACCCCCUUACGAAAGAACCAAAAUUAUCUCGUGCAAGACGUAUCCCUGAAUGGGAGGAAUACGACAACGAGAUUGCGCAGUUCGCGGGCAGGUUGGCUGCAGAAGGAAAGAUUCAUUCGAGUGUUGCUACCGCUCGGUCGGAUGUUAUUGCGAAUGUUGGAUCGGCGAAGCCAGCGAACGACGAUGACGUUGGGGGUGCUUCGGAUGGUGAGGACCUUCAGCAUCCGCAUGAUGAAUUGUAGAUAUGUAGACAUCAUAGACGAUUUUGUUAAUGGAUCUUUGCUGUGUUGCUUGAGAUGUUGAUCAUUGCCAAGCUGUCGACUCGUGGGUUUAUUGUCGUUAGUCCUCAUGCUCGGAUAUGUCUUGACCCGGCCAGGAUCCAGAACCAAUGCAGUGAUUGUGAGGCUUCAUAGUGGGUAACUUAUAUCACAACAUUGGUUCUGGAAUCUCUCGCGUAAUUGAUCCUCAUCGACCCGCAUUGCAGGACAAACGACAUACUCGAGAGGAGUCUUAGAACAAAACAUGUUUCUCCCCCCGGCCAUUGACAAGUCCGCGCGCAGCCUCGUAACGUCACAACGUCACCUGUCGUAUUCACGCCUCACCCUGAACUUUGUC